GCAGACGAAAUCGUUCCGCGACGGCAAUGGCGUGGUCGAGGGGAAGUGUGCAACUCGGUCGUCAAGAAUUUCGGAAAUUCGUGCGAACGUGUGCCUGUCUGUACAAUCAGAGUAUAAAAUAAGAAGCAAACAGAGUUAAACGAAAAGUGUGUAUCGAAUGAGAGGUAUCGCGACGAGCGUCCGAGUUUCGUUUCAGGUCCGCAGACUUGCAACUUUUAGAGACAUGUUGUUUCAUUAUGCCGGUUUUAAUGUCAGUACGUUGUUCUCCAACGACGGGGAUAUUACCUAUACAGUAGAUUCGUUUACCGAGGUACCGUUUCCUGGAAUCACUGACUUUCAAAUAGGUUGGAGUUACUUUCUCGUCUGGAAGGGACAACAAUUGUACAUUUCUAAAAAACCUGAGGACAGUGGUAACGACACAGAUUCGAGUGUCCAACCGAUACGAAUACCAGAAAAGUCAUUAGACAGUUGCAAGCACGCAGCGAUCGGCAAAGAUAAUGUAGUAAUUUUGUCAAAUGACAACGAAAUGUGGCAGUACAAGAUUUACGAGGAUACUUGGAAGAAGGUGAUCAAUUUCAUUGGCAGUGGCGGUGAUUCAGAGAAAGAGUAUGCUGUUAAAAUAAUACAAAGAGGAUGCACCGUGGCCCUUACUAAUUUAGGUCGUGCUUUUAAUGUUCCCACUCUGAUUCAUAUUCCAAAAAGGGUUCGUUUCAUUGAUGUUGCUGGUGGAUUUGACCACACUAUCUUCUUGGCAGAGAAUGGUGACAUCUAUUCAAUGGGAAUGGGAACGCGUGGUCAACUAGGGCACAACGAUUUAGAGGACUGCGACAAUCCAAGGAUCAUUGACGCCUUAGCUGGCAUUAAAGUAACACAAAUUUCGGCCGCGGGUUGGCACACCGCUGUAGUAACUGACCAAGGCGAUUUAUACACGUGGGGAUGGAACGUAAACGGAGAAUUGGGAUUGACAAGCCAAGAGAGCAAAGUGAUUGCUGUACCCACGUUAAUAGAUUUCACGAACGAUCGGAACGAGAGCGUAGAAGUAUCCGUGAAGAAAGUUCAGUGUGGAAAUACGUUCACCAUUUGUAUGACGGAUGAUGGAACGCUAUGGGGUUGCGGAUGUAACAAGUACGGACAGUUGGGGCAAUCCCCGGAAAAGCUUCCCAGCUCGCCAAAAUUUAUUAAGCUCGAUGUUCUUUUAAACUCCGACGACAUUAAAGAUUUCAAGUGUUCCGAGUGGGGCACAGUCCUCGUGACAGACUGACACUGUAAGUUUUUACGACGGUUGGUUUCACAAGGAAGGAAUAAAGAGAUUGUUUCUCAAA